AUGUAUUCUCUGAGGAGACGUUUAAGUCAGAGAUGGCAUCGAACAGACAACGAGGCCGCGGUCGCCGAAUCUUGUCAGAAUGAGAAUGUCGAAGAAGCCUCGCUCGCUUCGCAGGCAACUGCGCUUUUACCCCAAACAGAAAGUGCUAGUCGAGCGGUGGAGGACUAUAGUACAGAGGAGCUACACUUUAUAGUAGACUAUGUCGGCUCUGCACAGAUAUCUGAGGCGAAAUCUGUGACACGAAUGAUGGAAACCUUAAAGAGGAUUAAAAAACAACAGAUACGAAGUAUCCGAGUUGAUUUCAUAAUACGGGACGGGAUUCUUUUAGUAUCUAGCAUGGAUUCUAAAUCCUUAAUCCUUACAGCACCGCUUUAUGCUAUUGCGUUGUGUGUGCAAGAGCAGCUUCGGGGAUUCGAUAGUACUUUUGGCUUGAACAUCACGCGAAAGAAAACUCAUAUGUGUCACGUUUUUCAAGCAGGAUCACAACUGGAGGUAAGUUGAAGACAAGACUGUCAAUAUAUUGAAGUUGUUUACAUCAGCUAGUAGAGUGCUGUAUUUUGAUUUCUCCCCGCGAAAGUAUUUAACUGUGCUAUUUUGAGAUUCUUUUACGUUUUUGUUAGAAAAGGAAGGGAAUUCAAUCGGUGAAUAACAGCUGUAUUUGUAUGAGUUUUAUUUAGUGGAAUGCUCUCAAUCGCCUUUCUUCCUAACGGCAAGUAAGGUAAAAGAAACACGCGUCUGAGAACCAUAGGAAUGUCUUCUUUUAAAGUGAAAGCGUAGAAAUCUCGAAUAUUCAGGGCUUUGAUAUAUCCUUGAGACGAAUAUGUCGGCUUUAUUUAUGUAUUGUGAAGGGAAAGGCUAAAAACCCGCCUCUUUAAAAUCACCAUAUAAGUUCUUGUUUGUCACGCUACGAAUUAAUGCAAACAUACGUUUAUUUAAUUUUAAAAAAAAUUUCAAUUUUCGCGGAACAACAAGGAGAUGGAGCGACAUGUUUUUCAGUUAUUACAGCGCAGUAUUUUUCUUUCUGAAGAUUUUACAGAUGAUUAAAAUUGGUCAAUUUCUGUUAUUUUUCUCAAUGGUAAUUGAUUACAAAGAGUAUGUUACAUUUUAAAUCCGCGCUUCUACCCUAAGGCUUUCCAUGAAUCGUUGUUUACGGAAUUCUGUCAUCGGGCGAUCGAAUUUUCGCCAGAUUGUAGCGUUUAGUAUUCUUUUCUUGUCUGAAACCUAAAAAUGCUUCUUUUUUGUUUCAUAUAUGGAGCCUCAGGCAGAGAAAAUUUGGGAGUAUUGAACUAAGUUAUUAUAUUUCAACUUGUUUUCGUACUUUUAUUUGGCUUUCGGGCUGUUUAUGCUAAUAAUGUACGUAGAUGUUAUUCUGCUUCUUCAUUCAGCACGGAAAACACCACUUUCGUUUCGUAAUCCCUUUCAGAUCUUUUUUACAGUCAUUCUUUAGGGUAUUAAGUAAAGUGGCUUUCUGUGUUCUAGUUUAGUUUCAAUUUGUGUAAUAAAAUGUUACCAAAAAUAAUAAGAAUAUUUUGGCUCUGGCGAUGAGCGAUUUCAUCCAAUUUAAACCAGAAAACGAUGGACUUAAGGGUGAAAGCCGGUUAUUCUAUAAGAAAGAUUUUGCUAUCAUAUCUUUAUUCUAGACGAAUGAAUUUAUUUCAUUUAUAAAGCCAGAGAAAGGGUUAAGCCUGAUUGCAAGCACAGCUACCUUUUUUCAAAAUUAUGUAAGAGAGCCCUGUGGGAUCCAAGCUGAUGUUUUGUCAUUAUUUACUUUGUACAGGCUUUUGAAAAGAGCUCAAUUUCCCUUUAAAAUGUCUAAUUUUGGCUCGUUUGAUGAUUGAACAUAACAUCACCCAUGUUAUGUAACUUGACACAAACAUGAUCACCCUGCAUCUGACCUGUUACAUAACAUAAAUCAGAUGUUAUGACUAACAGAGAGCCAUGAAUUCUUCCAGUGACAAAAAUCACUGAUUGAUAAGGCAUUCCUUUGCCCUAAUUGAAACAUUUUAUGCAUACUUGGAAAAAUGGAGUUAUUUUUUGUUUUUCAGUUCAAAAAAAUAAGGAGAUAAAAUCUUGUUUCAAACUUGUUCACUUUUCGUUCACUGAUAUUUGUUAAUAGCUGUUUAUGACCUUUUUUGCAAUCCUGUGCGGAUGAAAUUUCACUCCAUGUUUAUUGUUCUCAUGAAUGACGCAGAAUAUUAUCAGUUUGAGGAGAUCUUUCGUUCUUGGGUCACUUGUAUUGUUCUUGUAUUGUCCUUGUUUUUUGUCCAGCAUUGUUUAUCAUGUAAAAAUAUAGGCAGCUUAAGUUUCAGAUUGUCUGAGCGUUAAUUAGUUAGUUUAUAUCAAAAUUUAAAAAGUUUAGCAAACUGGUCCAAUUUGAAUUUUGUUCCACUUCAUCGGGAAGAAACCAGAAUUCUAGUUUGCCAUCUUAACAUUGCAUUGAAAUGUGACUUUUUUCCGGGGCUUUUCCCAGUUGGCAAGUAAACAAUAUUGCUUUCUCAGCAAAAAAAGCUGCUAAGGGCAGACAAGGGAAUAAUUUAUGCAUGAUUCUCUAUUUAUAAACCUUUUUUUUUUUCAUUUUGUAUCUUUGGAACUGGUGGAGCUGUUAAAAGCAUGGUAUUUUAACACCCUUUAGCUUUAGGAUAAUUAUCCGAUAUAAUCACUCCGAUUUCAAUCCUUCAGUUUUAGAAUGGUCAUGUUGACUAUGUAUUAUUAUGACAUGUUCUCCAGAAGCACUGGCCAGUGCUUCUGUAGAACAGAAGCCAGUCCUUCAGAAAGAAGUGGUCAGCAUUUUUGCUGACCACUUCUUUCUGAAUGACUGGCAAUUUUGGUUAGAGAAAGCAAUUAGUCACUAUUCUUGAUCAGAACCAAAUUUCAUCCUUCAGUGACCAGAGUCUGUUUGUGAUUUAUAGCUCCAAAAACAAUUAGGGAGUCAAACACUAUAUUCUGUUGCUAGUGUGUUUAUGAACAGCUACAGGGAAGAGAAAAAAGCGUUUUUAAUUACUGGUAUAAUCAGAAAGAAGUGGUCAGCAUUUUUGCUGACCACUUCUUUCUGAAGGACUGGCUAUUUUGGUUAGAGAAAGCAAUUAGUCACUAUUCUUGAUCAGAACCAAAUUUCAUCCUUCAGUGACCCGAGCUUGUUUGUGAUUUAUAGCUCCAAAAACAAUGAUGGAGUCAAAAACUAUAUUCUGUUGCUAGUGUGUUUAUGAACAGCUACAGGGAAGAGAAAAAAGCGUAUUUAAUUACUGGUAUAAUUGCUCAGGUGAUUUUAUAGUUUUUCACACUUUUAUUGGUCAUGGAACAUUUUAUUUCUAGCUAUCUAGUUACAUUUCAAACAGCUGCCUCAUGUUUUGACAAGGUUGCAGAGAAAGAGAUUAAAAUGCCCAAACAAGAUAAUUUAAUUCCAAAGAGCAGAAAAUAUACUGCUAAGUUUGGUAUCCCACUUUUUAGAGGUAAGAUACAAAAUGUUGCAGCAAAGUUGAAAAACUUAUAAAAUAUAUGCACCAGGCUGCAUGUCUCUGUUCUCUGAUGGAUGACAUUUUUUAGAAAGAAAAACAAUGAAAAGAAAUUUACAUUUUUGCUGUGAAAGUACCUGAACCAUUACUUAAACAAAUUUUUACUUCAGGUCCAUUGAAUAUUGUUGAAUAACCCCCUUGGCUUCAUUCAAGGGAUUGUAUUCACUUUCACCAAAUUAUUAAAUAUUAUAAGCAUCCAAUGGUCUUUUGCUCUCAUUUCAGGCUGCUAGUAUUGUAAGAACUGUGGCUCUCGCAUUCAAAGCCAUAGGCAAACUAACCAGAGAAAAAGUUGAAAGGGAAUCACGAAGGGCUAGAAGAGCUUACUCUAUCAGUAGUUCUGAGCGAACUCGCACUAACUCUGAAGUCUCAACGACUUCUACAAUUGGUAGUUCAUCUCUGGAACAUAGACAUCCUCAUGUAAAGUGGAAACAUGGCAUUGAAAGUUCCUCUGGUCGAAGAUCUCCUCACGGGAAGAAAUAUACCAAAAGUUCCACCAGUCCUUCCAUUCUUCGACACCCCACCAGUACCCACACUUCUGGACGGCAUGUUGAAUUUUCUGCAUUGUCCCCUGUGCCUUCUGAUGGUAGUGACAGUGAUGGUAAGGAAGGGUCUGCCCUACAAGCAAAACAACCUCUUCUCAAUGGCCAAAUUUCUGUUCAAGCUGAUAUACAUGGAUAUCCAUCUAUUGAGGCUUCAGAACCUCCCAUAUGGGUGAAAAGAGCAGAGCCAAUUAGAAGGACUAGUUUGUCUGAUAUGGAGAAUGAGUCAACUAAGGCUAGUUCUCUCAAACAUGAACAAACUAUGAGAUUUAGUUGUGCAGAAGAAAUGCAGCCUCAGUUCCACUCAGAGCCUAUUGUUGGAACGGAGUAUUCACCCCCUAUACUUUCCCCAUCAACAGAUCAAAAGAGUAAUUUUUCAGGUAAUGUUACUGUGGAAGGAAAAACAAGAAAAAGCAGGAAGCUUGAACAUCAGGAGGUCCCAUCAAAGGAGAAGAUUCAAAGAGAACAUGACCUCAUGAGUCAGCAUGAAAAGGAAGUUGCCACAGAAAACUUUGUUGUGCCUUGGACAAGUUCUCUCCUUCCAAAUGAGUCCUUUCAAAAGGAAGCUGUCAAUUCUCCUGAUCGUCUCUUGUCAAACUUUGUUAAAUACAGAGGGAAUCAACCCCAAGACAUGUCCUUUCCCUUGUCUGAUAGCGAAGGACCAGAAGAUCUUGAUGCAAUCCGUGAUGCAAUAGCUGCAGUGCAAAAAGGAGAAACAACGGUGGUCGAGAAGUUUAUUGACAGUGGCAUAUCUGUGGAUUCACAUGACUCAGCCAGGAGAAGUUUAUUGUACUAUGCUGUGUCGCUGGGUGAAGUAGAGAUGUCGCAAUUUCUUUUGAAGAGGUAAGAGCACAAUAUGAAGUUUCCACAUGUAGACAAAAGUGAUUAUAAUUGUUCUCAUCCAAGUUGACUGAGGGUUGGCAUUUUCUUCAGACCUCUGCAAAUUCCACACUUCGGUGACAGCUGGAUCAUUUUUUCCUCCCCAAAAUCACUUUAUUCAAAUUUUUGAAAGCGUUUUUAUGACUUAAUUGAAUAUUUUAGAGUGCCACUUGAUUAAGCAUUCUAAAACUGCAAGCAAAGUUAUUUCAAUGGUUAGAUCAGAAUGAAAGACAAUAUCAAAGGGUACAAAUGAACAUGCAACAAACAGAAGCAACCUUUCUAAAGUGUGGGAAAUUGCUAGUGACCAAGUUGCAUUUGGUUUUGGUUCUUCAUUUGGUGGGUUGUCAUGAUAAAGAACAGCAAAUUCCCUGGAUUAGGAAUAGACUUUGGUGGAACAAUCCCAUAUUACUUGCUCUACUAUACUAAAAAAUUGCUCUAUCUGUUGUUAAUAAUAAGAUCUAAACCAAGUCUGAAAUAGGUUACUUAUUUUUCUUUGGCAUGUGGCAGAGAAACAACCCAUUCUCUCAAAGAAUUUGAACCAGAGUGUUUAGAAGCCCUGCCAUGUGUUUAAAUGUCAACUUGUUUGAAUAUUGUUUCAUCUUAUUAUUUAUUUGCUUAUAAAUUUGUAUUCUGUUAUUCCUUAGGGGUGCUGAUAUAAAUUGGGAAGGACCAGAUGAUAAGUCUCCUUUACAUGUUGCAGCAACGGCAGGAAACAGAGCUGUUACUCAGUUACUUCUUGGUUAUGGAGCAAAUGUCAGAGCUAAAGACAACAACUUGUAUGUAAAAUAAAUUUUUGAAGUCUGAUUUCAUUGCUGCUGUGGAGUAUGAAAUCAUGAAGUUCCAUGUGUGACCCCUUAACUGUGAAAUGUACAUGUACUUUAUUAAAGUUUUUUUUUACAACUGGGUUAUGUUUAGUUUUAAAUUCUGAUGUACAUGUGUAGACAAUUCUUGAGUUUCAUAUUGUUUGUCUAUGUACUUCUCUUAUUUUAACAAUGGACUGAAACUUUUUUGAUCCUUUGAAGGAAAAAAAAAACAAGAAGAACAACAAAGAACAUUUUAUAAUCACUUAUUGUAAAUGAGGAAGAUCAAAUUUUUUCUUGCUUUGAAAUUGCCUCCCCUCCCCCUUCCCUUGAUACAUUCUCUUCAAGAUUCUGUAGUCAGAAGUUCUCUUCAUUUCGUGUCUUGACUUUGGUCUUUUAGUUGUACACCACUUCACAUGUCAGCUGGACACAGGGGCAAGUUGGAAGUGUCCUUCCUUCUGGUUGAGCAUGGAGCAAGAAUCUUUGAGAAUAAUAUCCACGGAGUGCGACCAGUUGACCUAGAACCGGUAUGAUUCUUUUCAAAUCUUAUUGACUAUUCUUUGUGGAUAUGAAAUGCUAGGGUGAGAUUUGAAAGUGAGAUGGUGAGGGAGUGUCUACAGCUUUGUGGGGCUCUGCUCUGUAGCCAUUACUUUCUUUAGUUUUUGUGAAACUUGCAUAAAUUUGCCUUUAGAAAUGCUUGUAAGAACCUGGCAAGUUAGGUUUCUUAGACAAGAGCUUUCAGGUACCCAAUGACUUGUCCAAGAGCACAGCUUUGUGUUGUCAUGAAAUUGUGGUUCAUGAAUACAGUAUUCACUACUUUCAGCUCCCUUUUUUGGCUUUGGCAGAGAUCUCAGAGAAAUACUCAAAAAUCACUUUCUAGAAAUUGCAUGAAUAAAAUUUUUCAUUAGCCCUGUACUUUCAAUUAAUCUUGUGUUUAGUAGUUAGAGUCAUCUUGCUUCAUAGUUGUGCGAUGAGCUUGAAAUUGAACACAGUCUGUGACCUGGUUUUGAUAGUAGUAAGUGAUGUCCUCUUUUUCCUUUGCCAAUUUGACUGACUUAGCCAGAUGAAACAGUAAUUUACUAACUUUAAACAGGAGCUAAAAGAGAUGCAGAGACUCCUUGUGCAGUCAGCCUGUGAGGCCUUUGCUGCAGCAGACAUUACCAAGUCACGAUCAAAUUCAGGAGCUUCGUCCAUCAACCAGGGUUCAGUCAGCUCAAAUGUAAGAUCCAAGGCAGGUGUACAGUCACCAGCCACUGAACGGGUAUCUGCUUUGCGAAGAGGACUAUUCCAACACAGAAGAUCUUCCAGUUUGUGCUCAAUAUUGGGUGGGCGUGGAAGUCCAGAGACUGGGAGAGGAAAGCAAUUUAUCAAGAGAUCAGAAAGCAUUCAUAUUGCCCGAACACUGAGUCCUCGGCUUGGUAUGUCCUAUGUCUUGGUGUUUUUUUCAGAAAGAAUUCCAAAAUACCUGACCAGCAGUUGAACCAGACCAUAAUUGAAAUUAGCUAAUCAACUGACAAAAGUUAACUGUAGAAGGACUUUUAUUUAAUUAAAUCAACCCUCUUAUAGAGAAAGCCUGUGUCCUAAUGACUGCCUAAAACUGUGGUUUGGGUUUGUCUUCUUGUAGAUAAUGGACCCUUUAACUCUGCAAUAAAUGUAGCAUUAAAGAAUAUAUUUUCAUAUUUUUUAAAUUGGCUUUUUUCACAGCCAAUUCCAGAAGAGGAAACCUUAUGCGCAUGCAUAGUUUUCACAAAACAACGCAGGAUCAGUUGCAGACUGCAGAUGUAUAUGCAGAUCAGAAAAAUUCUGUAGAGCAGCAGCAUGCUGUCAAACAAACUGACUCAUUGCUAGAAGGAGAAAGCAUCAAAAAAGACAUUCCACACAACAAAGCAGUCACAGAAUUAACUGAGGAACCAAAGGAGACUUGCAUCUCAUCUGUUAACACAAUAGAUGGACAUAUUGCAAACACAGAAGAACAAAACAUGGAUUCUGCUCUGAAGCUUGAUACUCCUGUUGAAUCACUUGAACAGAAUACAACUGUAGUAAUAAUGAACCAAUUUCAGACAGAUGUUGUAAGUUCUGAUUCUCAACCACGUCCCUUAAAGCAGUCAUCUGACAUGACUGGAUCAAGUGAGCCCUUGCAUGCCUCACCUGAGGCCAGUCUUCUGUCUCCUUUCAUUCCAAAGAAACAUUCCAAUGAAAAAAAAAGACCUGUAUUAGAUCUCAUUCAAUUUGGGGAAGACCCAGAGGCUAUUAAAGCUAAAGUGGAAAUGAAUAAAGAUGUUGUUACCAACACUCUGCCUUCAGAAGAAGUUCAGCAUGCAGAGGAAACUAGUGAGGCAAAAGGAUUAGAAAGACAGCUUUCAAAUGCAAGGCAACCUAGUAUGGAGUCAGAUCAGUCUGUGGUAUGUAUAAAAUGUUCCAUGUACCAGUAUUAAGAUAAGUUAUUUUAAAGCAUAGUUAACUGUCGUGAGAGUAACUUUAAGUUAUACAAUCAUAUAACUUAUGCAAAAAACUGCAAUUUGCAAUGCAAAAUUAAUCUAAAUACUAGUACUCAUGAAAGGAUUAAAUUUACAUGACCUUAACUUGUAAGAUUGUGAAAACUUAAGGGGGCGCAAAAAAUUUUUUUCUUGAUAUUAAGUAGAUAUUUGAAAAAGCAAUCUGUUAAAUAAUUAAGUACAGAUUGGAAAAAAACUCAGUUACUCCUGUAUGGCACCUCCAUAUAAAAUUAUUUUAAGUUAUAGAAUUUUUACCGGUGCAGUAAUUUCAAGCUUUCUUUUCAAUGCUACUUGACAGUAAUGGUUAAGUAUGGUAGUUGAUGUGAAUUUUUGUGAAAAAUUGAGACUGAUAAUUAAUCAUUUUGUUUCUUUACUUGUUUGUCAACUGAUAGAGCUGUCAAAGGAGCACAUCUGAAUGUGAGGAUAGCUCCUUUAUAAGCACUGGCUCCAACUACAUGCGAGAUAUUGAUCCUUUAAUAGAAGCUCUUGAACCAGUGGUCCUUCUGUCAGGCAAUCCUGAGUGUCACUCCAGUUUACUAGCUUAUUUAUGUCUUCCUAAAGCAUCUGGUCAGCUCAUUGGGUUAGCACACAUGGAUGCUGGCUCAUCUCUGAUUAACAACCACAUUGCAGUGCUGAUUGGCAAUCUUUUUAAUGUGAGUAAAAUGUUAGAAGUCCAGUACACUUUCUUGCUGGCAACUCCCCCUUUCUCCCCAUUGCUGCAUUUUAAAUUAGCUGUGCAUAUACUACUUUCUGUAGUGGGCACAAGUAAAACUUUUUUAUACCAUACAUGUGGUCAAGGUGUAUUAAUAAGCUUGAUACAGUUUGGGAAUAUUGAGACACUCUGUUAGAUUGUAUCUUUCAGACAAUGUUUGUAAUAGUGCUCCUAGUUUUAUUUACAUAUACAUGUUUUACAAUCUUCAUGGAGAGUAUAUAUGUGUAAGACCCUAAAAGAAAACUUGAUUAGCCACAUGUACAAUUUUUAUGGUUAUUAAGCCCUUAUUGAGGUUACUUUUGUGAAACAUUUCAACACCAAUGAGCAGGGGUUAUGUCUAAACCUUUUUUGUACUUUUUUCUUGAAGGUGAACACAACUCAAAAAUAUUGUUUGUUUUGAGACAUUUCAGUUGAAAACGGACUUAAAAUUUCUUGAUUUGAAGGCUUAUUUUAAUUGAUAUUUAUCUCCAGUUUAAUAUUCUAUAGCAUGUGCCUUCAUGGGGACAUUUUGUGUUCCCCAAUCCAAUGCCAAGAGCCAUAAUUUGGUAUUUUAUUUCUGAUCAACAGCUGGAAGGGGCAGACAGCCGUAAGAGAUCAGUUGAGGCUGGACUCAUUGAGACGGUUUUGAAAUUAGUAGACAGUCCUGAACCCAUUCAGGUACAGGAUCUUUUUCAGUUUGUGUUGCAGGUGUUUCAAGUGGUUGUUUGUUGGCAAGUUUCUGUUUUUGUUCGGUAUAGUUGUUGACUUUACAAAAACUUGUUGUCCAGGAUGAAUACUCUAUAUUGGCCAAUUUAAGGAUUCCAUUCUGCAUGUAAAUGUACCUACUUCUAGAAUUCAAAGGAGUUAAAUCCAAAUUUAAAGAACUUGAGGCAUUCUAUGUAAGACUUGGUUGUUUUUGGUUCCUCUUGUUGAUGUUAUUGUUAUCUUUUCCCCCUAUUUGUUUGUGUGUUUUUUGUGUGUACCAAUAACACUGAAACAUCCAGCUUGUGACUGAAAUGGUUUUGUCUCUCCAGAGUACGUGUUUGUCAAUUUUACAAAGUAUCCUGGACUUCAACAACGAUCAAGAAUUCUCCACAGCCCUGAAGACUAUUCCUCUGGAGCCUCUGCUCAACUUAUUGCAGAUCAGUGAUGUUGACAGUGGUGCAUUUGACUUGCGUCAGACAGACUCACCCCCUCCCUAUCCCCCAGCUGGUCAUGAAAGGCCAAGAUAUCGCAAGAGAAGUACUUGCAGUCAGAGCUCUUGUGAUGAGAGAGCAAGAGAAAUGUCUCCGACAGUCCACAGAGGCUCUGUACAGAGAAACAACUCUGGAGCAUCAGAUGCACGAUCUGACUUAUGGCCACAACAUGGCAGCUAUACGUUGCAGAAAAAGAACAGCAUAUGCAGUAUGGGAAGUUCAGCUGAUGGAGAUCAUUCAUUCCCUCUCUACAGGUAUUCAUUCUGUCUGUCUUUUCAAGUGUAAACCAUAAGGGUUUUCCCCGGCUUUUUCUGUGUACUCAUUUUUAUGCGUUAACCUGUAGUACCUCUAAUUACUGCCUAUAAUGUUUUGGAAUUGUUGAAAAUUCAACAUGUAAAAGAAUUGCUCUACCGGUUUUAAAAUUUAUUUUACCUGUCGCGCUCAAAAUAAGGGAGAACGUCGCCUGUUGGCCAUCUACCCUUGCAUUUUAAGCAUUCGUAUAUGGAAUAGUUGUCCAAUAGGCACUCAUUAAACAUGAAGUACACCUUUAAUCACUCUGCAGCCCUGGAUUUGGUCAUAAUCACCUUCCAUUAAUGGAUUUGCAUUCCAAAACGAUGCCAAGAGUGGUUGCCACUAAAAUGCUGUCAGCCAGCAGUAUUCAUCCAAAAAUGCAGAUGGAACUUGGCAAGACAAGGUAAUCUGUUUAUUGUAAAAUAUAAUGUAUUCAGUGAAUGACUCGGGGACACGCGUAGAAGAAGAACACCAUGAAUUUCCAAUUAGUAAUUGGGAUGCUCUACCACUGAGGUGUAGAAGAUUUGUGGGAAGCUAGGCUGUUGAAUAAGGACCACGGUUUAACAAGGAAUGUUGAAUGUGUUGCUUUGGCGCAACGAUAAUGUAAAUGAUUUUGGUGAAUUUUACGCCUGGUUUUUAAGUGAAAGAUAACGUAUUCAGUGAAUAACGCAGGCGUACUCGGAGAAAAAGAACUUAAAGUGCUCGCGAUAUGAAUAAAACCUACGACUUUCUGAUUGGUACUUCGGAUGCUCUACCAUUGAGCUGUAGGAGACUCCAACUAGAUCCAUGGUGACGAACUUCCUGCUUACUGCAAGGAUUCACCAUCUUGUUGGUAUAAUACCUUAGAUCUUUCAGUGUUUGAUACUUUUUGAAAUAAAGGUUACAGAUUGUCUAUCAAACGUUGUCUCACUGAAUAGAUAAAUUGUGUUGUUUUAUAGGCCACUUUCUUUACUUCUGGACACACUGACAGACAGUAACCCGGAAAUUGUGAUCUAUUGUGUUGCAACAAUAGCAAACAUUGCAAUGAGUGUGGACAAUCACAUGCAGGUAAAUAUCAGGUGAUGUGAUGGGCAUUUAAGAUAAGAUCAUUUUUUCUACCUGGCAGUGACUCUAUGUUCCUAUGUAUUUUGUAGAUUGAUUUGGCUGGAGGUGUUGAUGGCCUCAAGCAAAUGUUGAACUAUGGAGAUGCAAGGUAUUCUGUUGAUGAUAUGUCUUUACUUCAACGAGGAGCUAUACUUCUUUACUGAUAAAACAAAUAAGCAAAAGAUGAAUUCAUUUUUGACUACGUAUGUCUUGUAGUGUUUUGAUUAUUGCACGGUCUUUUUUAAUUUGUUUCACUCACUUGCAGCCUUUUAUGUUUUCUUCUGUUGACUAGCUUUGUUUCAUUAUGUUGCAGAGUACGAUAUCAUGCCGCUCGUGGCUUAAUUUAUCUUGGUUACAUUGGUGUCGGAGGAGUUUAUCUCUUUAAACGUGUCCCAGGUAGGUUAUAGAAAUUUGUUUCGAUUGUAUGCAUGAACUCAUUACAUUUUUUGGCAGAUGUGUAGUGGGUGUUGUGAUGAUGGACUAACGCCCUACCCAGGCACAUAGCAAUACUUAUGUUUGUGUCGCGCUUUAGAAAUGUGUAAAGUCUAAAAGGCAUCUGGCCCGAAAGAUUUUAACUUCACCUCGUUUGUUUGCGAACUUCAGGUGAUGAAAAGCUUGAUGUGUUGUUCUCAGAGUCAACCACUGGAGAGGAGCACCUCUAUGUCAGGUUAGAUAAUACUGCAACUUAUACGCACAGACGUGGAGUCACGUAGUAGAUCAAAUUUUCCUGGCCCAAUUGGUUACCAAAUUGUGUAGGUAUGGUGCUUCGCUGCGCGCGCUGCGAGCUCCGCAGUUAUUAUUAAUCUCCAGGACCAGAGCCACAUUGUGGUGGACGCUUUUUUCUACCAAAUACAAUUUAGGGAGUAAUGCAUUGCAACUCAGAUUACGGAAACAUAACAUUAUUUUGUUUCGCGUACUAUUUUAGUUUAGGAAUGAAAUUUAUUCAAUGUUCAUUUAUAUCAAAAUCUGCAAGUGUAAUAAUUAUGAAGUACAUUGGAUUCCCGUUCAUUCAAACUCUUUGGGGAAAAAGAGAUAAGAAUUUCAAAAAAUAACGUGACUUCAUAUUCUCCGCACUGAUCCCUACAGUUCUUGUGGUAAGGACAAAAUUUUGUGAACUUGAUUGUUUGACCUGAAGUUUGCAUUAUUUAUGCACAGAGGAGCAACAGUGGAGAAAAUUGUGGAGAUCGUCACCCAUAAUCCGUCCCUCUUGUGGGGUGGUUUGACCCUACCACACUGGUCUGGACGCUCAAAGAAACAUUCUUGGUACAAGUCCAGCAGCUCUGGAAACAAACACAUGCCUAGUGAUGACCAGAUCGUAGAUUUUUUGCUGACAACUUACAAGAGCUAUGUGCAUCCUUCCAUUUUUAUGAGAUUGCUGCUUCAUAGGUAGGGUGAACCCAGAAGGUCAACUAAUCUAAAAUCGACUGUUAGAAAGUGUGAUCGUUCUGUCUGUCACUCCAUAGGAGCUAUUUGCAAUCGCUUGUCGAAAGUAGUCUGGGCUUGCUUUGGUUUUACUUAACUUAUUUUUGUGAUUGGUCCGGAAAACUCGCGCCAUCCUCCUAACCAAUCAGAUGCAAAACUAAAAACAAUCACGACGUAGUCAUUCGUUAUUUCCCGCCCUUUAAGUAGUUUUCUUGUUUUCACGUUGAGUUCUCAUAUGCGAAUGAUAAAGUAAACUUUUGUUCUAAUUGGUCACCAGGAUUAGCUUUGUGAUCGCUCCGGAAAAAUUUGUGCCAUCCUCCAACCAAUCAGAUGCAAAACUAAAAACAAUCGCGACUUAGUCAUUCAUUAUUUUACACCCUUUUAAGAAGUUUUCUGCCCCUUCAAACAUAAUAACGUGGCAUCGACACAUUGUUUUCACGUACUCUUUCCCUUUCAACUCAUCUUCAGUCUUUCUCUUAUAGAUUUCAUGACCCCUGGUUUGGCAAGUACUUUGAUGGAGACCCAUCCACUGGGCAGAUGCAGGACUACAGUCCACUUCCUGUUUUGCACAUUCAUUUGAUGAGAUUAUGGACAGCCUGGCUUGAAAAAUGUCCGGAAGAGUUUGUCAGUAAUCCAGUCAUGGCAGUAAGUGUCUUCGGUAGUAUUUUGUAAUUUACUUGAUAGUGAUCCACUUUAAUUUCAAAAGUGUUAAUGUUAAAACUUGGUGGUAUUAUACAUUGUACUUUAAGACGUAGCUCAAGAGAGCAUGAUUGUUAAGGACCUACUGGAAAAUCAAUGCCAGUCAAGCUAUCAUUAAACUCAGAGUAAAACCCCUUGAUUACGUAAUGUUGCAGUGAUUACUAACAAGGCUGGUACUCCGUAAGCACACCACAAAAAAUUAUUUACAUUUUUAAGUCAAGGUGCAAGAAGGCAUCAUUUUUGCUUGAAAAUAAAUGCUAUAUGUCUACAUUAAUACUGACAUAUUUUUCUCGCUGCUUAGUCCGAGCUGAGCGAAGUUAUACUUCCCUUAAGACAAGCUGGUGGUCCGUACCUUCCAUGUGCAGAAAUCCUGGCAGAUCUUAUUGAGAGCUUGAUGGUAAGCUUCAAUCACAACAGUUUGAUGAUAUUUUUCAUGCCACCGGUCCAUUUUUUUCUCCUUCUUUCUUUCCUUCUUUCUUUCUCUUUUCUGAGCUGAAUUUUUAUUUCUUGUAGUGUAGACAAGGUAUGCUAACGUAGCUCCUUGUGUUGUGGUCUGGUUUUCUUUUCCAACCACGGGGCAUCUGCAAAAUUCCCUAUCAAAUAUUGUGAACUGCUCGAUACAGUCUAGCCAGAGUCCUCCUAAAAAUGUUGUAGGGCGCAGCAUAGCAUAUUAAUAUGGAGAUUAUGCCAUAUGCCAUCAUCAUCAUCGUCAUCAUCAUCAUUGUUGCCAUCAUCGCCGUUAGUUAUUUGUAAGAUUCUUUAGCAGUUAUAAACUACUUUGAUUACAGGAAAGAGCUGCGAAGAAGCACCAUCGGGACAGGUUCCAGGCAAACCAUUGUCACCAUGCGAUUCUUUAUGAACAGGUGAGAAGAAUAAAGUCGUCGUCUUGGUGAAUAUCAGAAAGAGAAAAUUUAAAUACAAGGUGUUGUGGAAAACUUGAAAUGUGCAAGUAGAUUUGAAUUGGUGUAUUCUGCAAAUAAAACAGCAGGACAGACUGCUGAUGUUGAUGGUUUUUUUUUCUGUAGUGUCAAAAAGCGGUUGUUAGUGGAAGCAUGCCUUGUUCGGUUGAGGAUUCUAUUCACCUAAGCGCCCUACAAUUAUAUAUUGAGGUGAGUGGACGAAACCGUAAACAUCUAUAUAAUAAACAUUAGUGUCCCGUUAUCUCUACUUCAUGUCCGUGAUGAAGGCGCUUCUAAGCGAUUUAACCUUUACACCCUGACAUCACUAUGUUUAUUCUCUAUACUGUUCUCUAGACUUUUGCUCAACUGCUGACAAAGAGAAUUUGUUUAGCAAUCAAGAGCCUCUUUUGUUGGUGAUCAUUUCCUUUAUUCCCAUGACCUUAAUGUGUGAUUCGGGGGUGAUAUUGUAAGGAGAAAUUAGAUGCUAGUCACUUUAAGGAGUCAAAGGGUGAAACGUCUGCCACAACCCACAAUGUCCAUUAAACUCUGGAAAUAGAGAUUCGGCAUCCACAGCAGAGUUGCCUUCAUAGUUUUUCUUUUUUAGGGGAAGAAUGGCGUGAAAUUAGGAACCUUAUGAAAGAUGGCUUAGUGCCAAAAUAAUUGAGACAGGGCUGCGGACGAUUUCAUCAAAGCGUCGUACAGCUGUUUGAGAUGAGCGUCGUAGAAGUUAGAUCAGUUCAGUUACAACGGCCAAUCACAACAAACUGAGGCGAUUAUCGAAGAAAGUUAUCGAGAAGUCAAAGUUACCACAUUUAACCGGAAAGUAACGAUUGGUUUUGAAAUGUUUUGCUUCAGAUUGGUUGAGACGGUGAUGCUAGCUUUCUAAACCAAUCAAAGGCUGUAGUCGAAAGACUGAAAGGAAACCAUUCUAAUCCCGUAUUAUGUUCAUUUGAGACCCACUGUAAGAUUUCUCUAACAAGUGUUUGUAAAUUUGCACAGGAUCUUCUUCCAGUGGAAGUGCGGGGAAAGCCACGCCUCUUUUCAUCUUCCAGCAGAGAGAAGUAAGAAAGCUUUAUGUUUAAAAAUGCUUCCAUUUCUUUCUCUAUUUUCCCCUUUCAAACGAUUUCUUCUUACUGACAGUGUUGAGCUGAAGGUUCAUCGCAUUUUUGAAGCUGUUGAAAUUGUUCAUGUGAUCCUUCUUCUAGGUUGUCAGUUUCUCGUAUCAAGUUGAGUUUGCAUCCAUCCAUGUACAAAGUAAAGAAUAUGGGUAAAAGGUCAGACAGAUUUUUAGAUUUACCGUAGCUUAUUUGUUUGCUGAUUAAGUUAUUUAAAUAAGCAGCAGGAGGGAAAGAGGUAAAAAAUCUUGAUUCAGUGUAACAUUCUGCGAUAUUUGGUUUUCCCUUGUACAGGAUCAAGGCUCAGUAUGAACAGUUUGUGAACAGCGGCAUGUCGGAGAGGAAUGCUAAACACAAUUAUAUCGACUACUGUCAGGCUCUGCCUGGUUACGGCUGCCACUUUUACAAGCUGAAGGUAAGCCUGUGGAACUUGGGAUAACGAAUUAAGAUGUAUGUGUACCAUUUUUUCCUUUUAUUUUAUAGAUCUCUUUUUGCUGAAAUUGCUUGAAACAGAAACAUUAACUGCCAAAUUGUAGAUGACCAUUAAAUUAGAGAAUUCUUGUCUGCAUUUUUUGAGACUCUUUUACCAGGAAGUUUGCCACUGAGUAUUAAUAGACAUUAGAGUUAAUCUUCGAAAUAAGAGAAAGAAAAUAAUCGAUAAUUCUAUAAUUGGAUCACUUUUUCUUGUGUCCUAAGGAAUGCGUGGGAACUGUCAACCCCAAGGGGGUUCCUGUAAGAUGCUACUUAGGGGUCAGUCCUAGGAGGAUCACAAUUUUGGACGAGAAAACAAAGGUAAAAGAAAUAUAGCGAUCGUUAGUUUAGCAUAAGUUAACUAAUAUACUACGCGCGUACUCAUUGGUCGAUAAGUGUAUUGGCGAGAGAGUAUGAAACACGCUUGCAACGAUUUUGAUUCGCGCCUUCAGUCGAGGAAUAUUUCACAAAAGCAAUGUGAGAUUUUUUUCAGUGUUCAGAAAGCCUCUUCUUAAGGUGAAGGUGAGAAUACUUGAAAUUUAAGGAAACACACUUGAUUGCAGAACUGUCUCGAAAUCGCCUGUCCUCCUCAUGGUGAGGUGAAGCUAUUGUAAUACGGAAACGGUCUGCAUUGCUUAAUUCUCGGUAAAUAUUCUUUCUGUAUUGUUAGAGAAGAGAAUAAAGUGGUGUUGUUUCAAUUUAUUGCGCUAUUGACUCUUAUUAGGCUGUUAUUGGGACGUGGCAAUCCAAGGAACUGAAAAGAUGGCGGUCUUUGGCAGACGACACUAGACUCCGCUUGGAAUUCAUCGACAAGACGUUCGAAUUUGUGUUGGAAAACAAAGGGUAAGUAGCUUUUUGUAGCGAGUAUUCAAUGUUUUCGCAAGUGGUAUUGAUGUUGAAGAUCUAGAAGUUUCUGUUUGGAAGGUUCUAGCUCAGAGGAUUAAAAUGCAGCGUUGGUUUCACUGUAUUCAGUUAAUUUUGAUAUAUUGUUUUCUUGGUAAGUGAUGAGUUAAAUUUCAUUUCGCAGGGUUUUCAAAGAAAUCAAUGAUGCUCUUCUGCUGUGCACUAAAGUUGAGUUACAGGUAAAUUGAUCGCUUGCAUUUCUAAGAUCUCACUCCAGAUCUUUCUCUUGUCUAAACAUUUCUUUUCCCUACCAAAUUGUCCCUAAAUUUAUCCCUAUUGAUUGGAGAAGUUCAAAUUGUCACAGGGUUUCGUGUAUCAUUAUUUCAGAUCCUUGCAGGGCAGGAUUUUUCACCAUGGAGUAAAUACGCUGAGGAAACUGAAAUGUGGGGACAACAGGCCUUGGAAGCUGUUGCUCGCAAACCUGCAUUUUACUCGGAUAAGUAUGAAAGUGACUCAGGAAUGGUCUCCAGAUUAAGAGCCAUCUCCCUAGCUUCUUCUGUUCCUGAUCAGUACGCAGCUAAAGUGAGAAGGCAACUGUCCACUCAAGCGAAGCUGUCUUCGUCUGCGCCGUAUCAGCAAGGAGCGUUACAGCAAAAAUGUGACCGAGGCGAUGUCGUGGCUCUGAAGACUGGUGCCGAGGCUGUUCUGCCCACCACAGGUUUGUUAACAACGCGCAUGACGAGUACAACGUAUGAAUCUCAUUUUAACUUGCUCUUCAAAGCCUUAUUUGAAAUAAUUGAACAAGGAGGGAUUUUCGUGGAACUUUGUUUUCAAUUCAUUUUUGUUUUGUUUUGUUUCGCAAGAGCGAGACUUAGCUUUUUUUCCAAUGCUUUCUAGAACUAGAAAACAGUGUGUUCGUUGCCCUUUUUUUUAGGGUCAUUAAUCUUACUAACUUAACCGGACUUAUUUUGGUAAUGUAACACAUUCUGGACAUGUGCAAGGACUGCGUCUUUGUAUUUCUCUUUACAUAUUUUCUCUGUUUUUUUCCAUUGUACUUUUUUUUUUUCGACGUUUCAGGAGCAGCUAUUUCAUCGGCUGGCAGCCCUGGCAACGUAUCAGUGGGGUCCCAUACAUCCGAGGACCUUCUUUUAGGCUCCUUGCAGAGCACUUUAGAUCCAAAUAAGUGCUCUUGGGAGCCAGGGUCGAUCCCGACAAGCGAUCAGAGGAGGCCGUCAAGUAAGGAACCUGGUUAAGUCUUUGCGGUUUUCAAAAUUUUGGCCGCAAUGGCAUGGGAAAAGAAGUGAAGAAUAAAUAAAUAAAUAAAUAAGAAAUUGCAGUAGAAGUAACGACUGCUGGUUUAAGGCUAAAACAGGAGAUGCACUCUCUGUGUUUUUCUUCUGCUCUGUUGCUUCAUGUUCAACUUAAUUAUAAUAACAUUCGGUAACACUUAAUUUGAUACAGACAGCGGGUCUACUAAAAUUCACACUUUCGCUGACAAACUGAUUUUUUAUUGAUCAUGAUCAUAACGCCCCAUCGUUAUUGAAAGACAAUUUUGUUGGAGUUUUUGAGAGAAAAUUAAGGAAUUUGGACAGAAGAGGUAUCUUAAUAUCACCUCAUUGGGGCUACUUCGAUAGCGUCAUCUAAAAUCUAACUACGGCUACUGAGAGGCAAAUUUAGAAUAGUUCCAAAGUGUAAAUUAACUGUCAUAUGGCAACAAACGAAUCCUUUUGAGAAAAAUAUGGUUGAUUGAUCUUGUAGGAAGCAGUGAAGCAAGUGUAGAUAACUCCAGUUCGCCGACAGAACGCCACGCUCUCGACUCCUCGGGCUCUUUCCCCGUGGGACAAGACUUAAAAAAUUUGGCAUCCAGCGAUCGGCGCCUCAAGUACAUAGCAAAUAGUAAUUCCUCUUCACUGGGGAGUGAUUCACCCAGUUCAGGACAAACCACGCCGACUUACAAGGGACCGUUUAGUUCGACGCUACGCGAUGAUGAUGAUUUUGAAAGUGUAAAUCGAUCUUUCGGUCAGAGUUCUAAUGGACAGUUGUUGAUUUGUCAAUGCCCACCAGACGCUGAGUUACCGGGAUUUGAUCGGAGAGACUUCUCGUAAGUACAGCUUCAUUUUUGUCAGUAGAUAAUGGAGAAGGAAAAGGAUAGGGGAAAGAUAACAAGAAGGAAGAAAAGAAGAAAGAGUGUCGUUGUGGGUUGCAAGGAGCUAAUAGGAGAGCGUUUGUUAAGAGUUAUGAGAGAGUUACGAGAGGGAAGGUGGAAGAAAAUUGUGAAUCUCAAUGGAUGAAGAAGUUUUGGGAAAGUUUGGGUUGUGUGCUUAUUGUCUGUCUUUUUCUAUGCAGGCCUUAUGACUUGCUUCAACAUCCCAAAGAGUUGGCACGACAAAUAACACUUAUUGACCACGGUAAGUACAAAACACUGAUUUCACACGAUGGCCUGGUCGUAUUUUAAUGUUAAUUUCAACUGAAAUCAGUCUGAAUAGUAAUUUGAUAGAUUUUUCUGUCCAUUCAAAUGAAUAUCUUUGCAAGAAGUAGUUCACGAGCAUGUAACCCUUUUCGAUCUGAUUCGCAAGUUAUCCGCAAGGAGCUUAGUGAUCAUUCUUUGUCAGCGGUCAUUGUCACGAGUGCAGGCUCACGCUGAACGUCAGCGUUCAGGGCAUUCUGUGUAAAACAGCAGUCAAAUGUAAAGUAUGUUGAAGAGGAUCAAUUUUGGCAGCCUACGCGCCAAGUUCCUAUGCAAAAUUCCUAAAGAAAACAUAAGAAACAACCGCUGCGAAAGAAAAAAAUGACACCUUCAUAUAAAAAACAUAAGGGAAGAGGAAAACUCGAAACUUUUCGCGCACAAAGCUUAUUUAUGUGCGGGUUUCUUGCUGAUUUACUAUUUGUUUUGAACUUUACCAAAAAUUUUGUACGUUUUUUAACACCGCAACUUACUGGCUCAUGUGCUUGUUUAUAGGACAAGUUGGUUUUUAUACCCUGAUAUCACGUCAACUAGCCUUCAGAAAAUUCGCCCAUGCACAGAAGUUUGACCUCCGUGUUAGUCUGUGUAGUGGUCGACCUUUAGCGGUUCAUGUUCUCCCAUCCCACCCACGUACCCACCCUCUUAUCUUCCUUCUGCUGAUCUAAUGAGUUUUUUCACCGGUCGCCGCUUCCGGCGCAUAAAAUCGCCGGUAUCUGGUACGUCAGAUAUCGGCGAUUUUCGCUGGCGAUUAAAUUCGCGGCAAACGGAGAAUAAAAUCGCCAGGUGGGUCACCGGCCUAAGAUUACCUCUAGAUUACUAAUUGUGAUUCAAGGUUUUCAGUGUAUUUUGGGGGGUUUCCUUUUCAGAGUAUUUCUGUGCAGUGACGUCAGCUGAUAUUCAAAGGAAGAUUGCGAUAGGAACGGGAAAGAAACGGAAGGUACCACCUGAAGAAAAACUAUCUGUGGAGAAAGUUGCUGACAGAUUCAAUCAGGUAAACUGUAGCAAAUUAAGCAGUUACUUUUGGGCUCUUCACUUUGUUUUCCAUUUCCAAGUCUAUAUUGGAAUCUUGAGGUUUUUGGUUUUGUGGAGGGCAAAAUACCAAACAACCCGGAAGAAAAAAAUGGGAACUAACAAUAAACUCAACCCAUGUUAUACCGAGAGUCUUACCCAGGCCACGGCAAUGGAGACGAGCGCUCUCAACUUCGCACCAUCCUUAACCCUCUCCCCUUCCCCCGAACAGCUUGGUGAUUACCUCCUUUCUUUUUUUUUUUUUGUCUACAAACCUACUCUGAUAAUUAAUGUGAUUUGACUGCCAUAUCGAACAUUGAUAUUGAAAGGUUAGAAGGAACAAACGAUUUACUGUCCAUUACACUUUUAGCUGAGUACCUGGGUAGCAGCCACGAUUGUCACAGAAAAAUCAGUGGAGAAGCGUGCCGCCAUGUUCAUUAAUUUCAUCGAAACUGCCAAGGUAAUUUCAAACAUUUCGUGAGCUAUGAGGUCUUCUUAUGGACCUCUUCCUCUCCAUGCUGGAAUCCCGAAGUGGACCAAUUUGCCACCCUUCACCUCGUAGCCAUAUCAGUACCAAUGCAUUGUGAGACUCAUCACUCUGUGCAGCUGCGGGUGUGGUUUCUUCUCACUGUUUAGACGUAUAGUUCUCGUACUCUUCCAGACGAUUUUCGUUUAUUGUAACAGUCUCUUCUUGUGAAAUCAUGCUCUCUUUUUUUUAUUUUCAGCUUUGUUUGGAGUUGAGAAACUUUAACGCCGUAAUGGCUAUUAUUGUGGCGGCUCUGGGUAGUGCACCUGUGAGAAGACUGCACAAAACCAAAGAGGUGAGGCUCCAAGGCUUGUUAAACCUUGCAUCAGUGCGCAUAUUCUCUAUACUGUUCUCCCUACACUUCCUAAGGUGCUGACGAGGAGAGUUUGUUUAGUAAUCAAGAGUUUCUGUGGUUGGCGAUCAUUUCCUUUAUUCUCGUUACCGUAAUAUUUGAUUCAGGGGUGGUAUUGUAAGGAUAAUGUAGAUGAUAGUGACUCUAAGGAGUUAAUUAAUUAAUGGCUUAAUCGCUUCUUCUAGAACUAAACCUUCUGUUUCGUCAAGCAGUUUACUUCCAUUCCAAGUCUCUUCUCAUGCCAAAGUCGUUCUCGUUCUCCGCGUUCAUUCAUGCUCGCUAGCCUCGCGGGCUUCCGCGCUUAACUCAGAGAAAAGGAAACAUUUAGGAACAGGCUAUCCCUUCCACAUAGGAAACUCUUAUUUUCGUUUUCUUUGUAAGACCGCCAAGGGAGCCCUAUGAUCAAGUUAAUUUUCUCAGAAUUUUCAAGCACGAAGAUCACACUAAUUUUGCUCUGCUCUUGGUCCUGUCGAGUACCGCCACCUAUUGUGACAUUUAAACACGCUAGUGAGGUUUUCACCCUCGAUAUCCUUUACUUGCAGCUCGUUCCCAAAGAAGUCCUUGAGCAGUAUGCCAAGAUGGAAAUACUUAUGGAUACAAAAGUAAGUCAUGGUUGAGGUAAAACCGUUCCGUUUUGAUAAUUUGCACCAUGUUCAAUCUUCUGUGCCAGACUUGGUUUUACAUUUAAGGAGAAACUACAACCCGCGACAAAAUAGUUGACUUCGUACCAUUUAGAUUUGCCAUUUUUAUCCUUAGCACCCUUGCUUUCACCCUCUUUUCCCCAUCCCCCCUGACCAAGCACCACAUACACCCCCCUCCAACCGACCCAGGACGUUUCCUGUGAUUCUCUGUCAGGGGGUGUUGAGCAAGCUUAUAGCGAAAUGUGGUUCGUUUUAGAUUUGAUUUCUUAAAACUUCCGUUGAAGUAGUCUCUUAAAUGCUGUGUAGAAAUAACUUUUCGUCCAUUCUGAUCUGGGUUCUCUAUUUCUGUUGUAUUAGGAUAACUAUAAAAGAUAUCGACAAGCCCUUGGCUCUUCUCCAACUCCUUCAGUUCCAUACUUUGGUAAGUUUUGAAUUUUCUCAUCUACUUAGUCUUUGUGCUGUGAAUAGUUUUCAUUACUAGAAGAGAAAGAAUGUAAUGUUUCUUCUGGGUGUAAGGCAGCAUGAUACUCUUCGGAACCGUUAUUUUCUUUGUUUUGCACCAAUUUUUUUACGACACACGAACUUUGAGCCCUGAACUUACCAAGCCCCUCAUUGCUUCACCUGUAAGCUGGCUUUCGCUGGCUCUACGGAGCUAGCGGCAAGGCCAGAUUAUGACGCGUUUCGGCACGAGCUUUUCUUCGCCCGCGGGUGAGUGUGAGAGUAAUGCGAGCCGGCGAGAAAUAUGCAGUGGUUCUAGUGCCAGACCGCCGGCAAACACUUUCCCAGCCUCGUCUCAAGUUUUCCCGCCGAUAGAGUAACGCGCAUCCUGUAGCAUUAUUAAUGAGGGCCUGCUCGCAAGUAGCAAUUCGCUUCUACCUGUCAACUGGUCUCAAUGCCAGUUGCGUGUCCUUCAUUGAUCAGUGAGCUAAUCGCAGUAUUAUUUCAUAAGUCGAGUGAUUUUUGACUCGAAUCUAAAUGACUGACCGUUCACUGUGGACCUCGCUGAAAUAAAUCACCGUGUUAACCUUACUGUUUAAAUUAACAGGUGUUUAUAUGAAAGAUCUGACCUUCAUUGCUGAAGGAAAUCCCGACUUUUUUAAAGGUGGUCUGAUUAAUCUGACAAAACGAAGACAGGUUAGUAAUUUGUUGCAUCAAAGUCCUGAUAAAAAGAAAUUUCUCGCUCGGCGGCAGAACGGCUGAAUGUUUUCACUCUUCACAAUGUUUAACAAAAGGGAGUUUGUUGAAACAGUUACGCAUCCAGUUGAGUUUCACUUUGAGCCAAAGAAUGAGUUUUAUUCCUUGUGACUUCAUAAAGUUAUCAGCAAAUUUUACUAGAUCUUUAACUAUUUUUCUACGUCUGCCGUGAAGGGAAUGUUUUAAUUGUUGUGCAUGAUUAUCCGUCUUGUCAUCAGAUUUACCUUGUGAUCGAUGAAAUAAGACGUUUCCAGAAGGAUGUUUAUAAUUUUCAGGAGGUAAGCCGCUUCUUCUUUUUCCCCUUAUCGUAUGGCCAUUACUUUAGCAGCAUACGUUUUUUUCAGGCUGACUCCCCUUUUUUUCUUUUCUUUUUUUUUUUUUUUUUCAUUGUUCGUUGAGUGGGACUGAAUCAGGAAUGGCUUAGGGAAAGCUCUGUUUGCAAAAACUCGUCCCACAAUUUUGUUUUCACGCUAAAAUAGAACAGGUUCGCGCGCUCCGAGUGUUUCUCUCCUUAUAGAUCUUCUUGAUUCAGAGACGUUACUUUCGAAUCUCAAUGCUGUUAUGGUAUCCCCGUCUUUUUUCAGGUGUCUGAGAUUCGAGACUACCUCGCCAACGAGAAGAUUCACACGGAGAAAGAGCUGUAUGAUAUCUCGUGCCAGUUCGAGCCAGGCCUCCCUCGGAGACAUUCUGAAGCCGAUAAAUCCUCCACAUCGCGCCCAGUGCCACAGUUCAAGUCGAACACAGUCGGCCGUAUGGCGGGAAAGAGGUGUAUGAGUCUGUCCCGGAGCUCAACGACCUUGGAAACUGCCAUGCCGGAUUCAACAUGUUAACGUCACAUUGACGUCAAUAAAUGUUUGACGUCACUAAAGCUUUAAAGUAUGAAAGUUGUGCUGAUGUGGAAGAAAAGAUUUAUCGAUAGUAAUUGAUCAGAUUUGAUUUUAAUUUAUCCAAACCUUUUGACAAAGGAAACGGCACAUGUAAAAAUUGAUAUUGAAGUCUUGCUUUGUUUCUUGGAACAAUUUCAGUGCGAGAUGCCAACUUCUUUUGUCCCAUAGAGGUGUACACAUUGUUAUGAAGUUUAUAUGUUGUAAAUAUUCUUACCGAGGUACAAUUGAAGUUUACAUGAUGAUUUUAUAAAGCUAUUUUCAUGGACCUUGAACGGUGUUUAUAGUACCGUUGAAAAUUUACAUUCCCAGCGUCUUCUUAGCCUAACAUAAGGCUUCAUCUUACGUCUUUACUGCCAUAUUCUCUCCCAAUGUUUGAGUCUCAGAGGCUCGGUAACCUUCAUGCUCUGAAUAAAUUGCUGUAUUUACAGUAAACAUUAAAGAUGGACUGUCAGUAAUCCCACUC